AUGUCUCUUCCCGCCUAUGUCAUUGCUUCGUGGAACUUCGAUGGUAACGUUAAUGACCUAUACUCAGUUUAUAACGGCGUUCUAGUUAAUUCUCCAACGUAUACUACGUCAACAUACACAGGUUAUGGCAAUUCACUCAAUUUAACAUCGUCAUUAAAUCAAUCCGUUGUUAUUGCAACACCUUUUUUUAACUUAUCAUACACGAGUUUCACAAUCGAGAUCUGGAUAUAUCCAACAACGAGUCUCGUUGGAGAUAAGGGAAUACUGGGUCAGUGCCAAUCGUCGGCAACAGCAGAUCAAUGUUUUUUUAUGAUUUUGAGAAAUGGUCGAAUAAACGCGGGCUUCUUUUUGAACGAUGUAUCCGGCAAUACAGCUUUAAGCUUAAAUACAUGGUACCAUGUUGCAUUUGUGUACGAUUAUUCUGCUGGAACGCAAACUCUUUAUGUACAAGGAGUUGUUGAUACAGCAACGACGGGUGCGAGUCCGUAUCAAGGACAAAAUGGUUCAAUAACCAUCGGUACAACUCAAAUAAAUCAACCAUCAAACUAUUUUUCAGGCCUCAUCGAUAGAAUGACACUCAAAAACCGUGUUACAACAGCGGCUCAGAUUCUCCAGGAUGCAUCACUUGUUGCUUAUUUUUCUUUCGAUGUGAGUCAAAGUUAUGAUAGUGGAUCGCUUGGAUUGAACGCUACUCUUUCGAAUACAGCAACAAUUGCUGGUAAAGUGGGACAGGCUCUGAAAUUUAAUGUAUCCUCUGCUUAUUUGCAAGCGUACGGCUUUUUACAAUUAGGUCAAUCAAAUCAGCCAUAUUCAAUCGCUAUGUGGGUAAAUCCAACAUCAAUUCAAGGCGGUUCUCUACUGCACAUUUCAACAAAUUCUCUCGGCACGGGCUGGUGCAUUGAUAUUAUGGGACUAACAUAUACGGGUCAAAUUGUGACAAGUACAUACUUAUCCGGCAAUUUUCCGGGAAUUAUUGGGCCAUUUUUGACUGUAGGCCAAUGGGUGCAUGUUGCUAUGACUUACAGUACGACUUACGGCGUUCAGCAGUAUAUCAACGGUGUACUGUACGCAGCCACUGGCGCAAUUUCCUACACAGCAAGCAAUGCAAUCAACUACAUCAAUAUUGGAUGGAAUUUUAACAGCUGUGGCACUGGAGCAGUAAGCGGAGGUUCGUUUCAAGGAUCUGUAGAUGAGGUUCAAGUUUACCGACGGGAACUGUCGUCAUCUGAAGUAUCUUCAUUAGCUAACCCAUAA